AUGUCUGCCUCUCCAUCGACCUUGCCGUCUACCAAGCGACCCCUGGAGGACCCUUCGUCGCCUUCCGGUCCCAACGACCAACCCGAAGCGAAACGCCCAGCUCUGGACAAGGUUGUCCGCAAUGAGGAUUACAGACAGCCCGAGGCCGAUGCCAAGGACGCUUCUGCUACCAAUGGUGACUCUGUAGUGAAUGGCAAAGAUGUCAGCUCUGCAACCGACACCCAGCCCAUCCAGUCUACCGCGUCGCAUGCCGAUCGCGCAACGUCGCAACCACCCCAGAAUCAGACUCCCCAGGAUGAAAGCUCUUGGAUCCAUAUCCGUGCCGUCAUUUCCAGCCAGGAAGCUGCUACUUGUAUUGGAAAAGGUGGGGAAAAUGUCUCCCAAAUCCGUCGUCUUUCUGGUGCCAAGUGCACCGUGAGUGACUACUCACGAGGUGCUGUUGAGAGAAUCUUAACUGUCAGCGGCCCACAGGAUGCUGUUGCAAAGGCUUUUGGUUUGAUUAUUCGAACCCUUAACAAUGAACCCCUUGAAGCCCCCUCCACUGCCCAGUCCAAGACGUAUCCCCUCCGUCUCCUCAUUCCCCAUAUCCUUAUUGGUUCGAUUAUCGGGAAAGGUGGCGUUCGGAUUCGCGAAAUCCAGGAAGCAUCUGGUGCUCGCUUGAAUGCUUCUGACGCCUGUCUUCCUCUAUCCACUGAACGCUCUCUUGUUGUCUUGGGUGUCGCUGAUGCUGUGCACAUUGCAACUUACUAUGUUGCUGUGACUCUUGUAGAGCAAUUGACCGAGCGAUUUGGUGGACCUGCUGCAUCUGCCUACGCCACUCGAAGCGGCGGCCCUGCUGGUGUCGUGCCUGGUGGCAUGCAAGUUGUACCAUACGUCCCUCAGCCCGCGGGUGGACAAUACGGUCACCCCGACUCGGCCAGACGCCACUACCCACAAAACAAUCGACCCGGCCCCGGUCCUUACGGUGCUCCAUAUCCCCAUGGCGGUCCUGCUGCACAAGCUCCAGUCACCCAGCCUCCUUUGCACUAUGGCGGCGGCGCGGCUCGUGCUCCAUAUGCAGGUGCUGGCCCACACCAACCUGCUCCAUACGGAGCUCCUCAUGCUCAGCCUCACGGCGCCAGCACUCAGCCUCUCGCAGGAGUUGUUUCCAGCCAACCCAUCACCCAACAAAUUUACAUUCCCAACGAUAUGGUUGGCGCCAUCAUUGGUAAGGGUGGUACCAAGAUCAAUGAGAUCCGACACCUCAGUGGUAGUGUGAUUAAGAUCAACGAGCCUCAAGAAAACAGCAAUGAGCGUUUGGUCACAAUCACUGGCACACAAGAGUGCAAUCAGAUGGCAUUGUAUAUGCUGUAUGCACGAUUGGAAAGUGAAAAGCAUCGUAUCUAA